AUGGCUGACCAAACCUCAAACCAAUCCGCUUCACCUUCCACCACUGAUCAAGUAGCCAUGCAAGAGGCAGCAUUCCUGGCUGCUAGUCGCAGGCUUGUCGCCCAAGCCCACACUGUCCCCAGACUCGCCGGAAGAGACCAAAGAAAUCCUUUGGCCGGUAGGCCUCCUGUGUUCAAGAGAGGCGGAAGCACUGAGAGCAUGCCUAUGCCAACACUUGCCAUCUCCACUGAAAGUGUUGUAAACCAACCACUGCCUACGGAGGAGGAGGCGGCAGUAGUGGCUGAUGAACCAUUGAAGGAUGGAGUAGUGGUAGUGGAAGAAGUGGUGGUUGAAGAAGAAGAAAAAGAGAAUGAUGUUUUGGUCCCAGAGACUCAGGAGGUAACUAUCAUCGCAGAAAUUUAUGACGAACCUCCAAGAAGAGAAGAAGAAAAGAUCAAAGUCGAGGAGGCUAAGGAAGCAGAGGUUGCAUUAGUAAUGCCUGAAAUUGCGAUGGAGGAGGUUGCAGGGCAUGCGUGGCCAGAAGAGGUCGAGAAGGAAGAUAAGAAGAAGAAGAAUAAGGGAAAGAAGGCUGAAGAGGCAGAGUAUUCGCAUCAUCACAAGGCAAGAAAGAUCAAAGAGAAAAAGGAUAAUGAUAAAGAUGAAGAGGCCAAGAAGGAGAGGAAGAAGAAGGAGAAAGAGGAGAGAAAAUUGCGUCGACGUGAGAAGAGGCGCCUGAGAGAAGAAGAAGAAGCGAAAUGGAGGGUUGCAAGCCCUGAUGGAGAAUCAACCUCCGUAAGGGAGGAUAGGGGGGAAACGGUGCAGUUGAUGGAACCGACAUAA